AUGUCCUCAUCAAGUGAUAUAGAUAAAAAGACAAAUGACUACAUUGUCAAUGUUGAUAAUAUUGAUAGAAUAGAUCUAGAACAAGGUUCAAUAGAUGAUGUUAAAGCUAAUGAUUUUGAUAAUGGUUCCAUUUUCAAUGAAGAUCGUCAUAGAUUAAAAACAUCAUUAAACCAACGUCAUAUUCAAAUGUUAGCACUUGUUAGUGUCUUUGGUACUGGUAUUUUCCUUUCAUCUGGUGGUAUCUUAGCUACCGCUGGGCCUUUAGGUACGCUAUUAGCUUAUAGCAUUGUUGCAUUGAUUGUUGGAUUAAAUCAAAUGGCAAUGGCUGAAGUCGCUUCAUUAAUGCCUGUUACUUCUGCUACUGUUCGUCAUCUUGAAUUAUUUAUUGAUCCUGCUUGGGCUUUUGCUUAUGGUUGGAUUAGUGUUUGGUCUGCAAUAAUGCCUGGUGAAAUUAGUGCAGCUGCUGUUAUUGUUUCUUAUUGGACUGAUAUUAAUCAAGCUGUUUGGAUUUCAAUAAUUAUUGCUUUAAUUAUUGCUUGUAAUUCUUAUGAUGUUAGAAUUUAUGGUGAAAUUGAAUUUGGUUUUGCAUUGAUCAAGAUGACUCUAUUAAUUGGUUUAAUACUUGUUUCUAUUAUUAUAACUUCAGGUGGUGGACCAAGUCAUGAAACUAUUGGAUUUAGAUAUUGGAAAGAUCCAGGCCCUUUUAAAGAAUAUCUUACAACUGGUAAUUUGGGUAAAUUUGCUGGAUUUUGGAAAGUUUUAUCAGGUGUUGUUUAUUCAUAUGGUGGUGUUCAAACAGUUCCAUCAUUAGCUGCAGAAGUUAAAAAUCCAAGAAGAACUGUGUUUACAGCUUGUAAACGUGUUUUCUAUAGAGUUUCCAUUAUGAUGAUUUUAACUGCUUUUUGUUUAACUUUAAUUGUUUCACCAAAUGAUAAAGCAAUUGCAAAUUCUACAGGUAAUGCAACUUCAUCACCAUUUGUUGUUGCUAUAAAAAAUGCAAAUAUUAAGAUAUUACCACAUAUUAUCAAUGCCGCUGUUUUAACAUCUGCUUUCAGUACUGGGAAUAUGUCUGUUAUUCAUGGAUCAAGAACUUUAUUUGCACUUGCUGUUAAAGGUCAAGCACCAAAAAUUUUCUUAAAAACUAAUAAAAGAGGAUUACCAUGGGUUGGUACAAUAUUUGUUGCAAUUUUCAUGCCAUUAGCUUAUAUGAAUGUUUCUAAAAAUGCUGCUAAUGUUUUCAAUUGGUUUCAAUCUUUAACUUCUGCAAAUUUAUUAGUUGGUUGGAUUUUCAUAUCUGCAAAUUGUAUUCAUAUGGAUUGGGCAAUGAAAGCUCAAGGUUAUUCAAGAGAUCAAUUACCACAUAAAUUUAAAUUUGGUAUUCAAGCAGCAUGGGUCUCAGGUAUUGCUUCAUUAAUAUUAUUAUUAACUGGUGGAUUUAAGAAUUUUGUUAAAGGUAAAUUUGAUAUGGCAAGUUUUUUUGGUUCUUAUUUCAUUAUACCAUUAACUAUUGGUCUAUAUACUUUUUGGAAAUUUUAUAAAAAAACUAGAUAUUAUAGAUCUCAUGAAGUUGAAUUACAACCUUUAUUUGAAGAUAUAAAGAAUAAUCCAGAAGAUCCACCAACUAAAUUGAAAGGUUGGAAGUUGUUGACUUUAUUAUGGUCAUGA